CAGGGGGGUGUUAGGCAGGGAAAGCUCCGAAGAUGCCUUUCCACCCGGUGACGGCGGCGUUGAUGUACCGGGGCAUCUACACGGUCCCCAACAUCGUCGCCGAGCAGCACCCCGUGGAGAUCCCCGAGGACGAGCUGGAGGAGAUCCGCGAGGCCUUCAAGGUGUUUGACCGCGAUGGCAACGGUUUCAUCUCCAAGCAGGAGCUGGGCACAGCCAUGCGCUCGCUGGGCUACAUGCCCAACGAGGUAGAGCUGGAGGUCAUUAUCCAGCGGCUCGACAUGGACGGUGAUGGCCAGGUGGACUUCGAGGAGUUCGUGACGCUGCUGGGCCCCAAGCUGUCCACCUCGGGCAUCCCGGAGAAGUUCCAUGGCACUGACUUCGACACUGUCUUCUGGAAGUGUGACAUGCAGAAGCUGACGGUGGACGAGCUGAAGCGGCUGCUCUACGAGACAUUCUGUGAACACCUCUCCAUGAAGGACAUCGAGAACAUCAUCAUGACGGAGGAGGAGAGCCACCUGGGCACGGCCCAGGAGUGCCCCGUGGACGUGGAGACCUGCUCCAGCCAGCAGAUCCGGCAGACGUGCGUGCGCAAGAGCCUCAUCUGCGCCUUCGCCAUCGCCUUCAUCAUCAGCGUCAUGCUCAUCGCCGCCAACCAGGUGCUGCGCAGCGGCAUGAAGUAGUGACACCCGGGCCCGCCGCCUCUGGGCAGCCCUGCCAAGAGAGAUUUAUAUA